AUGGAUAAGGAGCAGAGCGGGGAGUGCGUGCCGCCAUUAUUUUACGCUGAUGACCAGGCCUUGCUGGCCACCACGCCGGCAGGCCUGCGUUUCCAGCUUGGUUACCUUGAGAGCUACUGUGCCGCCUGGGGCCUGACGGUUAACACCAAAAAGACCCAGGUGGUAGUGUACACCACUGGCAGGGCUGCUGCCACGGAGGAGCGGUUCCGCUACGGCGGCAAUGAGGUGGAAACCGUCCCCACCUUCAGAUACCUCGGCGUGCACCUGCACUGCCGGCAGGCCUUUGCCUUGGCGGCAUCGUAUCGGGCGGAGGCUGGGCGGCGCGCGAUGCACCUGCUGCGUCGCCGCCUGGCCGAGAAUGGGUUGCAGGCCCCCCUGCUCAGCAUGCGUGCGUUCAAGUCUUGGCUUGGCAAGCAGUGGCGCACGGGGUCGCACUGGAUGGCUGAGGAGACAGGCCGGUGGCAGCGGCUGGACCGCACCCAGCGCCCAUGCCCCCACUGCCAGGCCCCUCUAGAGGACGUACGCCACGCAGUGUAUGACUGCCCCCUAUACGCUGGGCUGAGGGAGGAGUAUGCUGAGCUCUUCCACAGUCCCGGCCACGCCUUGCCCUCCCUGGCCGCCUUCCUCGGCCAGGCCAGGCAGGGCCGGCUGGCCCGGUUUGCCGACCGGUGCCAUGAGGAGCAUGCUGCUGCCCUGGCACAGUGA